CUUAAAGAGUCGCUUUCUUUGAUUAUCUCCAUCUCGGUGACAGAUAAUCAGAAAGAACAACAGACUCGGUGAAGAACCUUGUCGAAAGUGGAUAAUUUUGCUUUUAAAGCAAUGGAGGAGUACAAUUCCGGAGAGGAGGUGUCCUUCAAUGCAGAUGAGGCCAGUGUCUCAGUUAAAGAGUGUAUCGAAGCCAUCAUUGGAGGACUAGAUUACAACCAGAACAAAGUGAACCAGUGGACUGCCAGCAUCGUGGAGCACUCUCUCACCCAACUGGUCAAGCAAGGGAGACCAUUCAAGUUCAUAGUGAACUGUGCCAUCAUGCAGAAGAGUGGUGCUGGUCUCCACACGGCCAACUCCUGCUACUGGGACACUGCUACUGAUGGAAGCUGCACGGUCAGGUGGGAGAACCGCACCAUGUACUGUGUGGUGAGUGUUUUCGCCGUGGCCUUGACCUGUUAACCAGCCCCCCCCGCCUUCUCGCACUGAGCUGAACACAACCUGGCAUGCACCAGCACCACCAAGCCUUGAAGAUCCAAGCUGAUUACCCAUGCAAAUAAAUGUCUGUUGUACAACAUCUUUCAACCCCACACUCUCAAACUUUGGCCACUCCCAAUGGGAACCAUAGGAUGGGAAAUUGUGAUGUUGCUAUAAGUGGUGGAUACAUAGUGUUGUCUGUGUGUAAAUGUAAAUAGACCAGUAGUUCUAGAGAUAUGCUCAGCAUGGACUUAGAAAAUGGAACUAACCACACUGGACAUGUUGAAUAUGAAUUACUAAAUUCAAUACAUCCCAUUUACAGUUUCAAUAGUGUGUCGUAGUUGAACCACUAUAAAUAAUAAUAAUAAUUGGAGUCUCAAAGCAGAGGUCUGUUUUAAUACAUUCCUAACAGAGUGCAGAGAGAGACAUUGGAGGUUCCAUUAGAGCAUUGCAGGUUUAUGACAGUGUACUUUCUCUUUAAGAAUGUGUAUUAUAUUUAUUCUAAGAUCAUUCCCUCUGGAUUGGUGAAGUUGUAUCACAUUUACCUCACUAGCCCUUAUAUCAUUUGUGAUAUUAAAUGGACUGAAAAUGCUCAUGACACUACAAGUAUGACUUGUGACUGACUGUGUUUGUACAUUGACCUUUGUCAUUAAAUGUAUUAUUUAACUAUCGUCACAUGAUUUCCUGGUGUUUAAUUGAUGUCUCACCAGUAAAGCAGGUUGACAGAAUAGCUAAUGAGGUUUAGGAUGGGGUGAAACAAGUGCAACUGCUGGUUUCUUACCGUACACACAUUCCUGUACAUAAGGGAGUUGUGGUAGUUGAGGUAGUAGUUAUGUUAAUUAUCUUUUGUUGUUACAAAUUGUCUAUUUGCUGCAUUGUUGUUGUAAUAAAUUCUAUGUACCAGAUGGGAUUUUAAAAUAAGAUCGAGAGGAAUUAGGAUGCUUACUAAUCACAGAUGUUUAAAACGAGCACUGCAAAUCUUCUUUUAAGCCUUUAAUGUCUAAACAUAGACUCACCUCAUCUAUUAAAACUCACAUGACUA